CUUGUCCUGCUUCAUCCGUAGGAGACGUUGAGAACUGGCGCCAACGUUCUGCACUUAUCGAUUUGUCGCGAGUUAUACCCGGACAAUUCGAGAUUUACAGUGCGAACGCUAACUUAUUUUGCAUAGGGUGUGAUCAAUUCGCACCCUGUGCAUUUAUUGGACGACAUACAUUCGUUACGGUCCCGGUUCUAGUCCUAGUUGUGUUCCGUUCCUUUAAUACAUCUACUUUUUCACUGUAUUUACAUGAAGCACCUGGAUUCAGUUGGGAGACAGUUUGGCAUUGUCAGGGAGUAUUUGUAAAUGACGGGAUUCACUAAAUACAUCCUAUUAAAAUUUAUAAUCGGAUUUCUCGGGCAUACAGCCGGCUGUUGGACUGUCUCUAUGACAGAUAAUUUUCCUUGUUUCCAAUGGACCACUUCUUCUCGCCGAAUACACCUUAUUUGGCCCCGCUAGGUCAAGAUGCGCUGGAGGAAGCUUGGAAAAAGAACACGUGGAAGGAGCCAUUCGUGCCAGAAAGGCGGAAGAUCUUGGAACGGGACGGGUGCUAUUACAUCUGCUACAAUACUGCCUCUGUGCCUGAACCGCCAAAAUUUGCUGAUGACUACACUCACCGUAAAGUAGGCCCCUUCAGUCUCAAGCGGCCUGGGUAUCUGUACAGUGACCUGCCAUAUCUGGGGUAUGCUCCUACUUUCUUCCGGUUCGAUGGAUUUCUCCGCGGACUACAUUAUCCAAGAAAAGUGGCACCAAUUGUGCAGUCACCCGAUCGCCUAUACCGACUCAGACCUUCGAUUAUUGCAAAAUGGUUCGAUUUGGAGGAAAGCCUGACCGAAUUGAGGCGUGCCCUUGCCCAUAUGACGCCUAUUCUAUCUGCCAAUCCUUGGACGCUGGAUUUUCGUUAUUAUAACAGCCCUAGCUAUUAUGGAUACCAAGCCGGACACUUAACGAAGGAACAGGCUACUACCGCUGCAAACCGCUCAAGAGAAGCUUUCCGUGCAUUAAUUGCAAUAAUUCGUAUGUACAUUUUAAUCAACCGCAAAGACUGGCACACGAAGUUGGUACGCAAAUAUGGCGCACUGCAAGCGUGGGUUGACGCGGUGAAAACUACCCAGCUUGGGAGACUAUCAGAGGACCUUGAUUUUAAAGAUUGCGUUGGGGCGUUUGUACACUGGGAGAAUUAUCGCUCAGUAUCUGUGAUGAAACUUCACAUCAGACUCGGAAUGCCAGUCUGGAUUAUUUGGGGCGAAAAAUUGGAUCCAUACAUGCACUAUAGAUACGACAACUCGGUUGAGUAUCAGAUUCAGUUACGCAAGUAUUGGGAAGAGUUUCACCCAAGACCUGAUGAAGUAGAAUCUUUCAAACAGCCUACAACUAUCAGUCUUGCCCUUGAUUUCAACUUCGAAAAUGUCUGCGGAAGUUGGGACUCGGAACUGCCGAAGAACAAUCCAGCCCCUUUCGAGGAAAUAACUGUGCCUCGCCCGUAUCCAGAUUCCGGUCAAUUGCGUGGCGAGACUCCGCUUCAGUUUCUAGCUCGUAGGAAGAGGAUGUUGGAUAAGCGCGUGGAGAAUGAGACCCAACAGGAGUGCCAAGCACGCUUGAAUAGGCUGGAAUAUGCGAAACAAAAGUCGGUUCCAGGUAAAAAGGGAGCAGCAUGUUUCAGAUGGCUUGAAGGCACGUCCGGGUAUCUUCUGCGAACCCGUGUCCCACGAGAUAUUGUCGAGGACGUUUGGCUUGAUUACUCUGCAGCUGCAAAAAUAUAUGACCCUCUCAAAGAUGAGUGGGAUCUUUGGGAAGGAUUUGACAAGGGAAAUGGACCAGCGGAAUGUGACAUCGAGGCAUACAACUCGGGACUUGAUAGAUAUGGCAAUCCUUUAUCGGGAGAAGAAUUGAAGGAACUAAAAUAUGAAAUUGAACAUCCUUCAGAGAACUCAGAUCGACAGCUUGUGCCUCCCGGAGCAUUGUUUCCUGAUCUUACAGAUGAUUCGGUGUCAAUAUCAUCAUUCUCGAAUAGUAGCCAUCACUCAUUAACACCUGAGCCUAUUGAUCCUUUACAUGUCUUUGAACUCAAUUCGGUCCGAAUGCACCAGCAAGCCCUUGCAUUCAGGGAGGAUUAUGGUGCUGAACCAGACAUGCAGUGGUCUAUGGAUGAAGACAUUGUUGAGGAUGCUCGCCUUCGUCUUGGAUAUUCACCGUGCCGUAAAACAUACCUUCAUCUUGCUCCUGUCAACAUUAGUCAAUUUGCUCCCUGUAUUGGAAAGCUAUAUGCAUCCAAAUCUACUCCACUACACAGUAUUUCUCCUCGCGUUCGCCAGGACCUGUUUGACCUGAUCUCUGCUAUUGAAGACUGUGAUGGUGACCCGAACAAGCUUCCAAGAGACCUAUGCGACCUUCGAAGAGGCAAUGCUAGAUACUUAGGAAUAGCCAGCAAUGCUCGUGUGCAUGUUGAAAUAAGAGACAUGCUCGUUCAGGCAGGCGGCGGCGGCGGUAGACAAACUACAAAACGUGCAAGACAGACAAAGCCCAUAUACUUUGUUAAACCUGCCGUCAAUCACUCUCACUGGAAGCGACCAUGGACACUGGCGUUGGAAAACCCUAUUAACGUCCUUGAGUGUUUGCGAUUCCAAGGAGAUUUUGGAUCGCUCAUACGGCAUCUAGUCAGCCGCGGUAUUCCUAUUCACACUGUUCAGUUAGAUAGUCAGAGUCAAUACCAGACAUCGCGGGAUUCCGAGUCUGAGUUAUCUUGCCCUGUUCGCUUGCCUGAUGAAGACAUACCCACCGUUGACUUCCGUCAAUCGUUCCUCAAAGCAGCAGACCUUCUCUUGAACAACCAUCGUGUUGCUCGUGCCGCUUUAAUGCGGGGCGGGGUUAUCUGGCGAAUUACAAUCGAGAUAGUGAUGAAAUCAUUAGUCUUGGAUGGUCCGUCUCAAGAAGCGCUCGAUGCAGUCAUGGAUUGUGUGUCUCUUGAUGGGAAAACAGUAGAGACCUGGUACGACGACUCACUCACGCUAGAAGAGGAGUAUACAAUACUUGGGGUCUUUAGAUCAUCAAACGAGAAGUCACACAAGUCAGAGAAACUUUGGUCAUUCUGGCCUAUUAUGUUUUCAAAGUGUUCUGUUGAUGCACAUUACUGGACUAAGUAUAACGAGGAUUGGUUCCUGAAGAGAAAGCAAGCUCUACUUGAUCCUAGUUCACUUCUGCUGGCAGAGCAAAGAAAUUUCAAGCCAUUGCACUUCCAGGCAGAAUGGAGAGACAAACUGCAGGGCCAGAAGAAGGUUGGACUUAAGUUCAUUAUGGCGCUCAAAGCAGUUGCAAAAAGGUUCUUGUGGGACGUUUUCUCUACAAGUGUCUGGUAGGGUGAUGGAAAUCGGAAUUCCCACGUGACAAACGACGUACCUUCAGGUGGUGAUAAAGCCCAUGCAUUGAGUGGACGUACCUGUCUCACUCGACUCACCUGUCAUUGUACAUACUGUGUUUCACCAGUUUGCACUCAGUUACCAGUUAACACUCAGUUGUACAAUACCUCCCUCAAUUCUUGUAAAAUUUCUUGAAAUUUUACAUACAGGUAGC